CAACUUCAUCCCAUGUUUUACUAUUCAAUUACGCCAACAUGCCUCUCGCCGACUACCUCGCCAGCAGAUACCUCUCGACAGAUCAAAAGUCAUCCAAAAAGCGCAAACGGAAAGACGUAAGCAACGGCCUAACAAUAGCUGAAGACGAUCCCAACGACUGGACCAAACCCAAAGGCGAGAACGACGAGGAUGACGACGCCCCAAUACUCAUAAACGGCACCCUUGCCAGCGGUCUGAACAAACCGACCAAGAAAUCGAAAUGGCUUAAAGUCGGCACCGCCGCACCUACGAACGCCGAACAAGCAGCCGCCGAUGCCAUUCUCGCAGACGCACGAGCAGACUCCGCGAAACGUGCGGCCCAGGACGAAGAUGCACCUGCGAUUGUAGGAGAGGAUGGCGAGGAGUACGAUGGCCCGACCAUGGCGUCAGGCGCCUCGGCCGGCUUGCAGACGGCGGAGCAAGUGACUGCGGCGCUGAGGCGGAAGGAGAAAGCUGAGCGCAAACGGAUGAAGGAGGAAGGGUUGGAUCCGGAUGGCAAAGCAAAGGAGACCAUCUACCGUGAUGCGAGCGGGCGGAUUAUCAAUGUUGCUAUGAAGCGGGCGGAGUUGCGGGUGAAGGCUGAGGAAGAGGAGCGGAAGAAGGCGGAGGAACUUGAGAGUCGGAAGGGCGAUGUGCAACGGAGGGAGAAGGAGGAGAGGAAGAGGGAGUUGGAAGAUGCGAAGGUGAUGGGUGUGGCGAGGUAUGCGGAUGAUGCUAAGUUGAAUGAUGAGCUGAAGGAGCGGGAGAGGUGGAAUGAUCCUAUGGCGCGGUUGAUUGAGAGUAAGAAGAGUAGUAAGACUGGUGGUAGUGGUGGGAAGAGCAAGGGAGGGGGUAAGACGUACCAGGGCGCUUUCGAGCCGAAUCGGUAUGGCGUUCGUCCCGGGUGGAGGUGGGAUGGUGUGGAUCGCGGGAAUGGGUUUGAGAGGAAGUGGUUUGCUGCGAGGAAUAAGCGGAAGGAUCGGGAGGAGUUGGAGUAUCAUUGGCAGAUGGAUGAGUAAUGAAUGAAUGAGCGACGACAUGGGCAGGCAUUUAGCAUCAUAAUGGUCAAGGUAGGUCUUUUCAAAGGCAUGGUCUACGGCGGCAUACAUCUGUCAGCCCUGUUAGCACAUUAUAAAUCUCCCGACCCAGU